UUUUCAGGGACUUAGCAUCUGGUUGAGUCCCCUGGAGUGUGCAUCUGCUGAAUCAUAAUAGUUUUAUAAUGAUGGCGACAUCCCUAGACGAAUACAGUUGACACUUUUAUCCAUAUUCCCUUGUGCAAAGAGCACCUCCCUGGAGGCAACCUUUUAGUACAUAAAUACUGAUAGCAUUUGUGUGCCAACCCUAUACGUUUACAUGUUAUCAGGUUAGUUUGCAUGAACACACAGACACGGCUGACUUCUCGCGGAAAGCAAUCAAUACCUAUCCCUGUUGACCCUGUUGGCAGCAGCAGACGGUCGAAAUUGACCUGCCGGGCUGCAGCAAUGUCUCAGAUGUUUAACACCACUCCGGCGGAUAUCUGCUGUGCCUUCGAGUCGCCCAUCCUGGAUAAGCUCUUGCCUCCCAUCCUUAUACUGGAGUUCAUCUUUGGGCUGCUGGGGAACAUAGUGGCACUGUGGAUGUUCGUCUUUCACAUGGACAGCUGGAAGCCCAACUCGGUGUACCUCACCCACCUGGCCGUGGCCGACACCAUCGUGCUCUUCUGCCUGCCCUUCCGGGCCGACUACUACCGCAGGGGUAAAGACUGGCUGUACGGUGACAUCCCCUGUAGGAUCUUACUGUUCCUGCUGGCCGCCAACCGCGCCGCAGGGAUUUUCUUUCUCACAGCAGUGGCUGUUGAUCGCUACUUGAAGAUCGUCCAUCCUCUGCACCCCAUCAACCGCAUGGGGCUGGGCUACGCGCUAUGGGUGUCCCUGUCCUUGUGGGGGCUGAUCGUCCUCGCCACAGGAUACCUGCUCUCUGACCGCCACUUCUUCUACCGCAACAACCGCACCCAGUGUGAGAGCUUCAACAUCUGCAUGGGAUACAGCCCUCUGUCCACCUGGCACAACACCUUCUACGUGGUCCAGUUCUUCCUACCCACGGCCAUCGUGGCGUUCUGCACUAUCAGCAUCUUGUGGCAGCUGAGAACCAAGACCAUCGACAGCAGCGGGAAGAUCAAGCGGGCCGUGCAGUUUGUGCUGGCCGUGGCAUUGAUCUUCGUCACCUGCUUCUUCCCCAGCACGAUAUCCCGCGUCGCCGUGUGGAUCCUCAAGAACUGGUACAGCGAGUGCGUUCACUUCAGAGAGGCUAACCUGGCGUUCUAUACGUCGGUGUGCUUCACCUACUUCAACAGCGUCCUCAACCCUCUGGUGUACUACUUCUCCAGUCCCUCGUUCAGCGGCAUCUUUCAGAAACUUCUCAACAAGCUGCUGGGGAGGAAGGAAGAAGAAGAGCAGGUUUCAACGGUGGCUGCUGUAAGUAUCUAGAUAUCAAUUGGGGAUUUUUCUUUGUAUGAUCCCCCCAUUGUUACAAAUUGUAUCUCAAAUGUUAGUGUAAUAAACUAAGGGUGAUUUCUACCCAUUUUAUCAAGAAAAAUAUUUGGGGUAAGUUAAUGGAAAUAGGGCAAUUGAUCAGUGAGCUGGGCAAGCUGAACGUGUCAAUUGCCUCGAAAUGUCAUUUUAAGUGUGUAUAUUAGGCCUAUAAAUAAAGUAAUGAAGAAUUUAGACCUAUUUCAUUUAGGCAUUUUUUUCUACUGAAAUUUGUCACCAGAAAGGGAACUCAUAAAUAACAAAAUACAUUGUUGAAGAUGUUCUAG